AGGUUGAAGGUUAUGGAGAGGGUGGAAGGUUCAAAACCAAAGAACCUUUUCUUUGGGAGGAGUAUGGGUAUGUCUGUUCCCAUAUUUCUUUGACUGUAACUUGCCAGUGUUGGUGCCAUAUGAUCCCAGAGAAAUGCUAAACCACCAAAUCACUUCCCUCCCUAAUAUCACUUUUUCAUCUCUGACCUCCUCUCAGUGAUAGACUCUGUCGGAAAGACAUUUAUUUUUUGCUACCAGUUAUUUUUCUUUGAGCACGCUAGUGUUGCUAACAUGGAGCACAAGAGCAGCUGUCAAGGCUGGCACAAAAAAAUUGUUUGCAUUUCCUCAUUUCCCCUCCCUUGUGUUCAGGCUGUUUUCAAAUCCCCUGCAUUUAAUGCUCUUACUUGUGAUCUUGACAAUCACAAGGCAAAAUAGAGGGUCUGUGGACUGUCUACUCUGUGGUAGAACAAGAUUUGUGGGGUUUAUUAGGCUCUCAUUAUAGCAGGGGAUGCAGUAUUUGUUCUUAUUGCAAAGUUGUAUGAAGCCUAGGUUACAUACUUCGGGGGGCUGGAGAGAAAAACUGCUAUUGCUAUGAUCGGACGGGGUAGUUUAAAACAACAACUUACUAGCAGGUUCUCAAGGUCUUAUAUUAACUUUCUAAUCAAGUGGUCAGUGUGUUACACAAUCUCUAUUUUGUGUGUGCACAUGGUGAAUUUGACCAGAGGAUGCAAUACUCUGUUCCUCAAGAUACCUUUGGUAAGGCAUAUUUUCUUUUAUUACGUUUUAGGGCAUAAUCAGCCUUGUGAUUUGCCUGAAGAUGCUCAGGAUGGCUCUGUCAUUGCAUUAAAGGAUGGGACAGUGGUUCCCUCUGACAAUCUGGAGGCACUUGUUGAUGUGAAAAACAAGAUGCCAUCUGGCAACAACACAGCUGUUAAUGUGUUCAUCAAUCUUCAUGACCUAUCACAGAUAAAGAGAGGCACAGCUGCUGUGUCUCCAUUUGGUGACUUUAACAGCGCAUCUUGUGGUAAUAAUUUGAUGAUCCCUGCAUCAAGUUCAGGAAUGCCAGUGCCAGUAAACCGAGGAACAAUCUGUGCUCCUAGUUCCACUGCGACACCAACAGCCCAAUCUACUGAAGGAAACAGAGGUUAUGCAACCCACAUAACAUGUGUACCUUCACCUGUUAUCAAUGAAAUGUGCAGGCUGCUAGAUUUGGAUAGACAUUUAAUAGAUGGAAAUGAUUAUACAAGGCUUGGAAGUGAACUUGAGCUGGACUCAAUACAAAUCCAAACCCUCAAACAGAAAUGUAAUAACCCAUCUUAUGUUAUUCUAAUGCAAGUGUUUCCAGCCUUGCCAAAUUCUGGAACACUUGAACACCUCAUUCCCUUGCUGAAAAAAAUGGAAAGACAUGAUGUGAUUCAAGUCAUAGAUAGAUGGGUAGGCAGCCAAUAGUGCACAAAGGCUGAAGAAUAUUAAUACCAUUAAUAUGAAUCUAGACAUGUCACAACCACUCAUUAGUUUCACAGCUGGGUUCAGGCUAAAGUCACAGCCAAAUUUUAAUUGAUUGAGCAACUUUUAAGCAGAUGUCAUGAGACUAUAGUAAGCCAAUAAAAUUCUGCUACGUACUUUAGAGUAAAAUCACUUUAGUAUUGCUUAACACCUAGUAUGUAACCAAGUAUUAGGAUCUAGCAUACAUCAGUAUCAUUCUAGUAAUAGUGCAAUAGCUAUCUAUUAUUCACACUUUUUCAAGUUACCAGCGUUAGCUUUCCCACCCACCCACUUCCACGGCAGUUAUGAUUGUCGUUGUGUUUGUAAUCUUGUUGUAAUUUAUGUAUUUAUAAUUAUCUUGUACAGGCUCUUGAUGGGCCUCUAGUUUUAUCGUAGUUUAUUUGAAGAUUGCAAUAUUAUUAGAAUGAAUCAUUUCUGUGUUGCUUGUAUGUGUAGGAUUAAAAUAAACUGCCUGAUCCCA